AUGAGCGAAAGAGACUUGUUUCCAUGGAGGAGUAAGGAGGCUGUAGACCCCCAAAGAAGUCAAGAGCGAAAGACAGAAGGAACGAAAGAGUCUCCAGUGGAGGACUGUGGGUCAGGAUCUGGUCUGACCGAGAAGUCGCUGGAGUUCAUGGCCAUCAUGGUAGAGUCAAUGAAAGAGAUGCAAAAGAAGGUCAGUGAGGGGAGAGACGAUGCCGGCAUGGUGAAGGGCGUAGAGGUGGUGCGAACAGGCAUCUUGGAAUUGCCGCCACUUCAGCCUUGCAAUGCGUCACAAGGCCCACUUCAACUGGGAGACUGGCUGCUGAUGGUGGAGCCUGUCGCCGCCGAUAUGUCUGCAACAAGUGAGGAGUGGUGGCGCGAGAUGACAAAAUCAGUAGAGGUAUGGUAUCAGGCGCACAUGGCUCUCAAUCCGUUGGAUCGGAUUGUUCACAAUGCCACUCCGCCUCCUGGACUUCAACAAGAGCGCUGGCAACGUCUGGAGCGAAGGAUGUCAACUAUGCUUCUCCAUGCUGUGCCAGAAUCAGUACGUGAUGAGUUGGUUGCUGGCAGAAAGAUGGGAGUUUUCUCAAUCCUCACACACCUUUUUCUUACAUACUGCCCUGGUGGUGUCAUGGAAAAGACUAUGCUUCUCAGAAAUCUUGAAGAACCGCCAGAGGUGGCGAACAUAGGGGAUGCACCGGCUGCGCUGAGAAAGUGGAUGCGAUGGAAGGCCAGAACUGCUGAAAUAGGUGCAGUGAUUCCGGAUGCUGCCCUCCUGCUCAAAGGCUUGAACAGACUCACCAAGCGGGUUCUCGAUAGCAACCGUGAUCUACAAUUCAGGAUUCAACUUGCGAGGUCGAGCCUUGGAGUCGAUACGACUCCUACUGAGUUGUCUGUCAGCAGAUUUGCCACACAUCUCUUGGCGGAAAUAGAGCAAGUUGCGUUGACUGAGAAGCGCACUGGAGGACAGGGUUCAAGACAGGAUGCUCCCAAGUUGAAGUCCCUCGACAUGGACAAACAGGACAAACAGGACAAAGGAAAAGGUAAAGGGAAAGAAAAGAUAGGAGAAGAAGAAAAGGGAAGACCGGCUUGCAAGUUUUAUCUUUCAGAAGGAGGCUGCCGAAAAGGUAAGGAGUGCAGCUGGUCACAUGAUGUGCGAGAUGAGAAGAGGCGUUGCUACACCUGUGGUUCGACUCAGCACUUGUCGUCAACAUGCACGAGGUCAAGAGGAGGAGCCAGCAGUGAUGCUAGCCCUGUGAGACAAAAGACAGCGAAAGGAGAAGAGGAGAAGUCGUCGUCAGCGAAAGACAGCGAAGCGGCGUCCAGCUCUUCUCAGGACGUUUCCAUGAAAAACUUGCUGGAAGAGGCGAACAAGAUGCUGAGGUCUUUGUCUACAGGAACAGGGUCACAGGCUUCUUCAACCGUGUCUCCAACGAGUCAAGAGGAGUCCAGAGCUGAGGUGGUUGAGAAGUUACAGCAACAGUUGAACUCUCUUCGAAUGAAGACUUUGAGGCUUCGGAGGAUGAAUCAAGGGACACAACAGGGUCUUCUGGACAGCGGGGCAUCUCACUGCUUGAGGCCUCGAAAACAAGGAGAAGAUGUUCAAGGAUAUCGGAAAGUAGAUGUGGCGUUAGCUGAUGGAAACCGGGUUCAGAUUCCCAUCACACCUGGAGGGACCAUGGUCAGUGAAGACCCCUCAGUCGAACCAAUUGUGCCGAUGGGAGCUUUGAUGGAGAAAUUGAAAUGUGAGGCGACGUGGAAAGAAGGUGAGUUGAUUGUGGUUCACCCUUUCCGUGGACGGCUUCCCAUCACCUACGACAAUGGCUGCCCACAGGUUCCAAGGCAAUUGGCCUUGCAGCUCAUCGAAGAACUAGAAAAUCAGAAGAUGGGCAUCGGAGAGAAAGCUGAGGAUUUUCAAAGAGAAUUUCAGUGGAUGAAGUCGUUGGUAGAAGCUCAUCCGCUGCUGAGGUCAUUGCCUCCUUGGAUCAAACAAGGGCUUCCAUGUGAAGUGGGAGAGUGGGGACAGCUGCCAGCGAACAAAAGAACGAGAAAGCGAAUGAAAAGAGAUGGCUUUGUUCUUCAUCUUUUUGCGGGCUCUGAAGAAGGUCACACCUUGAAGAGAGGCUGGCAACAAGCUGGAGGACAGGAUUGGCAGAUCUUAGAGGUAGAUCAGGUGAGAGGAGAAGGUCAAGACAUGCUGGCAACGACUCCAUAUGGUUCCCUUCUUAGAGCCGCUUUGGAAGGAAAAAUAAAGGGCAUAGUAGCUGGCCCCAACUGCAGGACACGAAGUGUUCUGAGACACUACCCUAUAGAGGGGAAUCCACAAGCUCCGCGACCAGUUCGAAGUUGGGGAGGUGGAGAGUUUGGUGCAGAAGGUUUGACUGAAGAGGAGAAGAAGCAGGUACGAGAAGAUGACCUGCUGCUGUGGAGGACUAUCUUUCUCUACGUGGUGGCCGUUUAUGCUGCCAGGGCGAGAGGAGAAAGCAUGGACCCAGUGCUCAGUCUGGAGCAACCUGCAAGUCCCAAACAGUACAAGCCAGAGGUGGUCAGCUUUUGGGACACAACGGAGUGGAAGCAGUUGAAAGAGGAGUUCAACCUGAAGGAGUGCACUUUUCAGCAAGGACAUCUGGGUGGAAAGACCGCCAAGCCAACAACUUUUGGUGGGUCGCUUGACUUACACCCAGAGGAUUACAAGAUCAAAGCACCCAAGCAUCAAGCCCGGAUCAACGACUCGAAGGAACUGUCAAGAUGGCCGCCUGCUGUGAUGAGAAUGCUUGCAGAAGCGCUGAUGAGGCAGGUGUAUAAGGCCAAGCCGAAGCUGAAACCAUUGUCAUGGCAGGAACACUUGGCGAUGGGUCAUGUGCCGUAUCGAAGAGAUUGUAGGGUAUGUCAAGAAACUAUGCAACAGUGUGCCCCACAUCGAAAGGCAAAGCAUGUGGCAGCUGGGGUGCUGUCCAUUGACACCGCUGGACCGUUGAUUCCAGCGUAUGACCAAGGUGGCGGAAAGGCUCGGUACUUCCUGGUUGGAGCUUUGACAUGGAGAGUUCCCCGAGGAUUUGAGAAGCUGAAGCAACCACCGCACGAGCCUUUAGAGGGUGAUGAACCGAAGAUAGAGGAAGGCGAUGAAGAAGAAGCAGGAGAAGGCUUUGAUGAAGAAGAUAUUGGCGAACUACCGCCAUUGGCCGCUGGUGAGCAGGGGUUGGCUGGAGGAGAGCUAGUCCGCCUCCCAGCAGGCCGCGGUGAAGAGGCGGGUGAGCAGUGGUUGGCUAGAGGAGAGCCAGUCCGCCUCCCUGCCCCACCGCAGGGCGAAGAGGCCGGUGAGCAGGGGUUGGCUAGAGGAGAGCCAGCCCGCCUCCCGGCCCCGCCCGAGGAGGAAGAACCAGGGAAGUUGGAGGAGGAAACAGAGCUGAGAGUGUAUAGAAUGGCACUCCCAAUGGUGACAAAGACAGCAAGGGAGGUGAGCGCGACGGCGAUGGAGUUCGUCUUGCGCUUGAGAGCUGACGGCUACCACAUUGGCCGCAUACACUGCGACCGGGGGCACGAGUUUGAGGGUGCCUUCGGAAGAUGGGCCAGAAGCCGUGGCAUUUACGUCACAAAGACGGCUGGAGACGACCCGCAAGGGAAUGGAAGAGCAGAGGUGGCUGUAAAAGCCAUAAAAGCCCAAGUGAGAAGGACGUUGAGACAGGCAGAGCUGGACUCAUCUCACUGGCCAUGGGCGUUGAGGUACGUGGAUGAAAUCAACAGGUGUGUGCGCCGAGGAACCACGCCUGACUGGCCGAGGUUUCAUCAAGAAGUGCGAGUUCGAAAGCGCACCUGGAGGAGAGGUGCCUUCGAGCCAGUGGUGGAGCGUGUCCACUAUCUCUGUCCGUCAAUUGAAGACCAUGGACAUUGGGUACAAAAGCCAGGAGAGCCACCACGAGUUACAAAGUAUGUCAUGCAGCAAACGACAGAGCCAGUGGACAACUCAGUGUGGGUCGCCCUGGAAAAGACUAUUCCCGACGCUUGGAGCGUGAGGAGAAGAUUGAGAGGAAAGACAGCAGUAAGAAAGCUGCAUCGGUCUCUUCGAGAAGAGAAGGAAGAUGAGGCCGAAGACAAGAGAAAGGAGGAGGUGCAGAGGAUCCAUCAGGUCAUAGAAGAAGAAAUGAGGUUGAUUGUAGAAGAAGAGCCACAGAUCGCGGCCGACAUGAUGCGCAUCAUUGGAAGCCUGAAAAAGAUGGCAACUGGAGAUGAUGCGACUGAAGAAGUACUUCAGACCAAGAUCGUCUCACCGAAGGAAGUUGCUCGCUGUUGGAGCGAGUGGCUUGAGGCGAUAGACAGCGAGGUGAAAUCGCUGACGGAGGAGAAAGAAGCACUUCGUCAGCUCACAAAGGAAGAGCAUGAAAAGAUGAAGGUAGAAGCAGAAAAAAGAGGCAGGAAAAUUGAGUACCUGCCUUCAAAAGUGGUAUUCACCUUGAAGCCGUCACCAGGUGGCGGAAAACGAAAGGCGAGAUGGGUUGUCUGCGGAAACUUUGAAGAAAAGAGAGAAAAUGAGGAGACAUAUUCAGGGGGAGCAGACGCCACUGCCUUCAGAGUUCUGGUGUGGGUAGCCUCAAAGUUUGAUUGGGUGGGCUGCAUCAUCGACAUCAAAACCGCGUUUUUGAACGCCGAAAUGGAGGUCACUGAAGAUGAGAAUGACCUCCUGAUUUUGCCCCCUUCAAUCAUGACAGAAAAAGGAUAUCUGCCCAGAAACACAGUCUACAAGCCACUGAAGGCGGUGUAUGGAUUCCGCCGAUCGCCUCGUCUGUGGGGAAACCACAGAGACAAAGUCAUGAGAGGUUUGCAGAUCAAAGUUCAGAGAGGAGAAAGUGAAGUUGAAGUCUGCUUGGUUCAGCUGGAGUCAGAGCCGAAUCUAUGGAAGGUGAUCCCAAUCGAGGGGGAGGACGAUAUGAGAGAGGCAUCCCUGUCAAAUCACAAGGUGCUCGGGUUGGUGAUGACCUAUGUGGAUGACAUCUGUGUCGUUGGUGAAGACGCAGUGGUGUCGUCACUGAUCGAGGCACUUCGGUCAACGUGGACCACAUCAGAGCCAGAAUGGAUUGGUGAAACUGCAGUGAGGUUUUUGGGCAUGGAGGUGGUGAAGUUACAGAAUGAAAGUGGGAGUCGCUGGUUCAUCACACAGGAAUCCUACAUCAGAGACCUCUUGUCCAGAUACGAAAGUGAGGAGACAGUCAGAGAAAGAAGGACUCCAAUCACUCGAGACCAAUCCAUCAUGGAAGAAGAUCCAGAAACUCCUGCCUUGCAUCAAGUCAGGAGGUGUCAAAAAGAGGUAGGAGAGUUGCUGUGGCUGGUCACGCGAACCCGUCCAGACUUGAUGUUCAGUGUCGCAAGAAUGGGAGCCAAUGUCACCAAGGCUACCAAGUCUGUUUUGGAAACAGCGUCUCAGACGAGAGGCUAUUUGAAGAGGACGGUGGUUGAAGGACUGAUGAUGGGAGAACAAAAAGAAAGAGAAGUCUGCAUCCAAGCUUUUGCAGACGCAUCGUUUUCUCCAGAUGGAGAGGAGUCACAUGGAAGUUACGUUGUGUUUGCCAACGACAGUCCCCUUUUUUGGAGAAGCGGCAGGCAGACAACCGUGACGUUGUCCACAGCCGAGUCUGAACUGACAGAGCUAGUAGAGGCAAUCAGCGCUGGCGAAGCUGUGGCGGUGAUAGUGAGCGAAUUGUUCCAGGAUAUCAAGAAGUUUGCCUGGUCAGAUAGCCAAUCAGCUUUAGCUAUCUUGGUUAAUGAAGGUGGAAACUGGCGCACUAGGCACUUGAGGAUGAGAGCUGCCUACACCAGACAGGCAGUCCACUCUGGUGAGUGGGGUGUGGGCCACCUUCCUGGUGAUCGAAUGGUCGCCGACAUUGGCACAAAGGCAUUGGCAUCACAGCGGAUCGAUGUCCUCAAGCAGCAUCUUGGCAUGUCAUCCAUCCCAAUGCAGCCCAGUGUGAUCGCACCUGCGACCUCUGUGGCAGCAUUGAAGCCCAGUGUGAUCGCUCAUGCGACCUCUGAGGAUACAAGAAAAGGGAUGGAUGGUGCGAAGAUGUCACAAGCGGCAACGGCCUUGAAGCUCAUCACGUUGGCCGCUAUGAUUUCGGCUGGAAAGAGUCAGGAGGAAGAAGAUAUGGAAGAAGGACAGAAAGAAUUACAGCUCAUCAUGGCAGCAUUUGCCAUCCUGGUGGUCUUGAUCACUCUUGUGGCCCAACAUGUGUGGAAGGUAGGAGUAGGAUUGUGGAAUCGGGGAAACGAACAGAUUCCCGAAAAGCAGAUCCGAAGUCUCCCUGCGCAAGAAGGUCGAAGGAGUGAUCAGACGGCCGAUCAAAGAAAAGCGGGUAGCGCUGAUGGUGAGAAGGGGUUGGCUGAACGAGAGCCAGUCCGCCUCCCAUCAGGGGACAGGGAGAAGGCUUUGCAGCCCUCCCUGCUGGGUGAGAAGGGGUUGGCUAGAGGAGAGCCAGUCCGCCUCCCCGGCCCUGAGGCGACAUCGUCUGGUCUCUCAGGUGGUCCCGGCCCCGCAGAAAAAGAAAGAAAGAGCGGUCAAAAGGCCGGCCAACGAAAGGCAGGUUGCGCUGAUGGUGAGAAGGGGUUGGCUAGAGGAGAGCCAGUCCGCCUCCCAUCAGGGGGCAGGGAGAAGGCUUUGCAGCCCUCCCCAUCGGGUGAGAAGGGGUUGGCUAGAGGAGAGCCAGUCCGCCUCCCCGGCCAGGAGGAGCCAAAGUCAACUUGCCUCGAACUUUCAAAUGGUGCCAAGUUUGCAGAGGGGUGGCGCUCAGAACGCGAGGGCGUCCACCACCAGGAACGUAAUGCUCAUCAGAAGCAGGACACGGCCACGGCGAUGUAUCAACUCAGCUCAUUCAGAUUGAUUGCUUGUGCCGAUGGCAAGGACUCGGACUACGGCCUGGCGGAUGAACAGCUCGAAGCGAAGAAUCGGGCGUCGUUAGCGUCGUUCGCAUCAGCAAAAUUGCUUGUGAUGUGGCAAAGUUCCAGCACAGAUGGCGACACCACUGCGGGCUUUCGCUAUGCCCUUCUGAUCAGCUGUCGCGGUCCCAUUCAAUUCAAUCCCAUGAAGACGCGUUACCAAACACUGGCCGGGGAGGCGGCGCAUGCUACACUGCCCACCUUGAACGAGAGCCGCAGCACGGAGGACGCAGCAGAGGACCCGUCGCCGGGACGGGCGAGCACCACGAGUGUGGAUCAAAAUGGGCUCUGGAAGCAGUUGUUUGAGGCGCAGGAACUUCUGAGAAGAUUCACGAUUGACACAAGUUACCGACUGACUCAGGCCAUCUUGAAGCUUAGCAACACUUGGUGCAGCAGACGUGACAGAUGGAUUGCAGUGCUGACAGCUCCAGUUGUCCCCAUUUGCGAUUUGCCGGACAUGCCCAUGAAACAACUGGUUUUGAACCUUUAUGAGCUGUCCAAGUACUAUCAGUAUGCGGCCGGUGGAAUUGAUGGAGUUUUCAUUAGGUACCUCCACCCAACUGAGAUGUGGGCCCUUAUGGGAGGUCACCCGGACUUCAAAGUAGGACACAAUCUUCGUUUGGCCAUGGCAGGUGUAGGGCAGGCAGUUGCACCGGUGAUGGGGCUUUGGAUUUUUGCUCAUGUCAAGCAAUGCCUGGACCAAGCUGUGGAGGUUCCACGUUCAGACCCCUUGCAAGUGCUCAAGGAAUACAUGAGUGAAGUCAUCCAGGCAUGUCGCAUCCGGUGGCCCCUUGCCACAUCAGCAUCCGAUGUUGCUGCCACGGUAGAAGAUCCAAUCGAAGAUGCUGAGACUGCUGCCAUGAUCACCAUUUCCCGGCCGGGCACAGAUGAACCCGAUGUACAGGUCAAGUUGAAUCCAAAUGCCACUGGGGCGAAGCUCUUGGCGGCUGAAGUGCAACUCGGUGCUGCUGAGGUGGAUUUCCAAAUCAGGGUUGAUGGUGAGCGUGUCGACCCUGCUCAGCCAUUGCAGUCCCAGUCACUUGUUUCGUUGGUGCCUGCCAAUUGGGAUCCUGCCAAGCUGUAUGCCACACAUCCGGUCCCAUGCUGUCUUGACAUUGAUGCUUUCUUGCGGUUGGUUCGUGCUUCGGAUUCCUUGGACUUGGGCCCUGUCAAUGACCCUGCACGUCUGUGUGCUGUUCGUCAUCCCAGCAUGCCUCAGGUUGAAAGACUUGGUAUCCUUUCCCAACAAGGACCGGUGUGGGGUGAUGAUGAACUUCUUUUUGGACUUACCCAGAUUGCUGCCCACACAGAUGCUGACCAGCAUGUCACAGUUUGGGAUCCGUUGCUCGUCUCAGGGUUAGUUCAGCAGGACUCCUCAGCCUCUUGGUCUCAGUUGGUGGCACAGGUGCGUCCAAUGGCAACAGUGGUUUCAGCGGUGUUGCUAGGAGGACACUGGAUCCCGCUUGUCUGGCGGAUUGACACUGUUGGGGCCAAGUUGCAUACUGUGGCGGUUACUCCUGAGUUUGAACCAGUUUUGGACUUUUUGAGCAGGGUCAUUGAAUUCUAUCGUGGUGGUGCCCGUGGAAUUUGGAAAGCUCACAGCACAGGUUUUGUUCCCAGUGGCCAUUGUGGUGCCUUGGUUUUGGGAUUUGUCCGUCACUUGUUAUGGGGCUGGCCUCUGUGUUCUGAUCAAGCAGCUCUUGAACAGUGUGCUCAUGAGUUUCGGCAGAACUUUGCGUCUCAUCUUGAGGACAUGUGUGUGCGACCUGUGUUGGCUGGCCUUGGACUUCCUGUCUUGUCCCGUUUGGCUGAGCUCCUUGUCACGCAUGGGGUGUCACAGAUGGAUUCACAAGCUCGUGCAACUGCUGCGGUGAAAGCAUUGGGUGAAACAGGCAUUGAGAGAGCACUCUCGUCUGACAACCCAUGGCGUGAAUUGAAAUGGCUUGGCAACCAAAGCAGGCCUCCAUUUAUGUUUAUCAAGCCAUCUGAGUUGCAAGCGCAGAUCCAGCUUCGUGCCAAAGAUCGGCCUGUUGGCCGCAAACAACACAAGGCCCAAAAGACAAAGGGUAAGGGUAAGGGGAUGUCACCAAAGCUCAGUGUGGACCCUGCCUCAUUGCGCUUGGAGUCUGGGAUUUUUCAGAGUGCUGAUGGCCAUCCUUUGAAUCAACUUGGACUUUCGCAGGUAGGCUCCACUGUUUCAGGUCCGUUGGCACUGUUUGUGGUAGACAUGCUUGAACCUCCUGUCACGACUCUCCCCGUCUCGUCAGCGAGGGUGCCAUUGGUUUGUGCGGUCAAUUCCGAACCUCUUUUGUUGGAUGGAUUUCUUAUUCAGCUUGGUGCAGUCAUGGUUCAGCGUGCCCCUCUCCAGGCCAAUUGUUCGGUUCAAUCCAUUCCAACUUGCGUGGUGAAGGCGAUGAUCUUCCGAGAUCAAACGAAUGUGUCUUGGCAAGAGGUGACCUCGCACCCACUGCUGCAUAUUUUUGCUCAGGUUCCUCCGUUGCAGAAGUGCGUUGAUUCUGAAUGCAGUGGUUGUGAGAGCUGGCAUCGAUCAUUGGACUUUCCUUUGGAUUCACCGGUUUUGGAGCUGUGGGGUAAACAAUGGCUUCACUUGGAUUUUCGACAGGCACACCCAUCACAAGCGGAGCUUUUCACUGCCCAUCUCCGGUUGCCAGAGCACAUGCAAUUGCAGGUCCAGUACUUUUCAGGUCAUGCCGGAGUGUACCUUGAACCCAAGUCAAUUGAUGGUCGUCAGCCCUCACAAGACUUUCAGGUGGUUUGGUUGCCCAAAGCAGAUGAGGCACAGCUACUUCUCUUGCGACAGACUGUGCCGAAUGUUGUAGGGAUGGCUCGCUUAGGCUCCAAGAUGGGACUCAGGUGCAGGACAGAACAUGCUGCUGAAGUUUUUGCACAACUGCGGCCAGGACAUACGUUCCUACCACCGGGCAAGAGACAGACAUACCUGGUUGGUCCUUUUGACUUUGGCACCUUGCAGACUUCUGUCGCUCAGGUUUUGCAGUCGAAUGGUUGGGUUGCAAAGCCUAUCCAGGCUAUUGCUGCGAAGACACAUGUUCAAGGCCUGAUGUUUCGUGUCCAAUCCACGCAGGACCCGCCGAUGAAAGUCAUCCGCAUGGCUCAUGGGGACGUGGUGAUUUCCAAAGAGCAUGAUGACCCAAUGCCUGAAAGGGUGGUUCCCAAGGUUGUUGCAACAUCCACCACGGAGUCCAUGGUUUCCAAGCCGAUGGAAGGGGAUUAUAUCCAACAACAUGAUCCAUGGGCAAAGGCAGCCAGCAAACUCCCUAGUAAGCCUGCGAUGUUUCCUCUCAACAACCCGCUUGAGGACAUGACCCAGAAGGUUCUCUCUGAAGUGAUGGCCCAAUUGCCCAAAAAUGCCAUGGAGGUCGAUGGAGACGGUUCCCAUGAAGCUCGAUUCACUGUUCUCGAACAGCAGGUGCAAGAGUUGCAGAGUCAGACCAAAGCCAUUGCGGCUGCAUCUCAGCAGCAGGCUCAGGAUGCCACAAGCCAGAUGCAGGAUCUGAGAGGCCAGAUCCAUCAGCAAGGGGUUCACUUCGAGAAUGCCAUUGCCGCUCAAGCCAGUUCCAUUCAGGGUUUUCAAGAUGCGUUUCAGGAACAGUUUAGGCAACAGGUCAGUCAUCAACAGACCAUGCUUGACACCAUGUUCAGCAAGCAGAUGAACCAGUUUGAAACGUUGCUGGCCAAGAGGUGGUCUUUUGAGUUGGAUGGUGGUUCUGGUUUGGACUCUUGGGUUUUGUGGCCUCGUUGGACUUUCCUGGCCUUUGGCCCAGUGGACUUCCGGCCGUUCUUGUGGGGGUUUUUGGACUUGGUUGGUGAGGCAUCCAAUCCCGGCCCAGUUGCUUCAUGUGAUGCCCAGUGGACGCUGGGUAUUGCCAACCCAUCCGGUCUGAAUGGAAAGCUGGAUCAGGUGAACCACAUGCCUGGUGAUGCAUGGAUUUUGACAGAGACCCAGCUGUCCCAAAGGGGGAUUUCGACUUUUGUGAAAGGGCUCAAAAUGCUUCAAAGCCCUUGGAAGUAUGCGGUGGCUGGAGCACCUUGCUCACACAGGGCACGGACGGACACGGGGACUCAUUCUGGUGUAAUGUUUGUCUCUAAGCUUCCUUCCAGAGCACUUCCUCACAGUUUUGAUGCGUCUGUUUAUGACACGGCUCGGGUCCAAGUUGUCGGUGUUGCAGUGGCCAAGACUUGGGUUACGGUGGGCUUACUUUAUGGGGUCCCAUGUAAUGCCUCCCACAAGCAGGCCAAAUACCAGACGGAUGCCAUGCUUUCUGACUUGGUUGACAGGGUUGGUUGCCAAACCACUGGUCCGAGGGCCAUUGGUGGAGACUUUAACUAUGGUCCCGAAGAACUUGAUCAAGUUUCUCGCUUGCAUGCCCUGGGUUUCCGUGAAGUGCAAGACCUGCGUGCCUGGCGUCAUGGUGUGUCUGCUGAACCGACUGGGAGGGGUAGCAAAAGAAUUGACCAGCUGUGGUUAUCCCCUGAGCUUCAAAGGGCUUAUGUCGACACCAGGGUUGAAUUUGAUCACUGGCCUGAUCAUGCUGCGGUCAUGACAACCUUUCAGAUGGCUGACAUGUCCGAGGUCAUCACUGCCUGGCCUCGCCCUGCCCCCUUCCCGUGGCCUGAUGAGUGGACUUGUCCUGUUCAGUUGGAUCCGUCGGCUGACCUUACCCUUGAGUAUGCCAAGUUUUGGUCGCAGGUUGAAACACAUGCGUCAUGUUGGGCACAGCAGCAAGGAGCCUCAGUUGCCAAGCGGCAUUUUGGAAGGGCAUCAGUUUUGGCACCACGGCCUGUGAAGGUUUGUCACUGCCCCAUUAAGAAGGGGCGCAAGGGUGAUGUUCAGCCAACUUUUCAUGGUGUUAGCCUUCAACAUGCCCGGUAUUUCCGGCAGUUGCGGCGUCUGCAAGCACUCAGUGGCAUUCUUCGGAAACAGAUCACCACUUGGACGGGUCAGUUGAAUCGUGAUGAGACAUGGAAGGCCAUCCGACAUGCAGCUGGUUUUCCUGGUGGAUUUGGGCAAUGGUGGACUUGUAAUGGCCUUGAACCAUCACUUGGCGGUCCUCUCCCUUUCCUUUGCCCUUCGAUGGAUUUUGUCCAGGGCCUCUUUGUUGGUUUUCAGAAAUUUGUGGUGCAGUAUGAGCGUGAACUUGCCAGUUACAGGUACCAUCAUGCAACUCAACGGCGUGCUCAUAACAUUGGAUUUGUCUUUCAGGAUUGCAAAGAUGAUCCGUUGCCCCAAGCUGAUACGUUGCUGGAUCGGUUGGAGGUGGGGAUUGAAGAAGUCCGUCCUGAUGACAAUUCUCUGGUUUUGGUUCGACCGGUGUCGCUUUUGCCUGAUGUCCCAGUUGUGGUUGGUGGUACGGUUCUGGCUGUUUGGGAUCAGAUUUGUGGAUUCCUUGAGCGAACCGCCCGGCCCAUCACAUGGCAGAUUGCACCUUGGACUCCUCAGAGAUUCCGUAUGGCUGUCAAACACAAAAAGAAGAAAGCAGCUAAAGGUCCUGAUGGUGUGUCACAAGCUGAUUUGGCUGCCCUCCCUGAUGCUGCCUGCAUUGCCUUGACCCAAAUUUUCGAUGCUGUUGAACAAGGGGCACAAUGGCCGAACCAACUUGCCUGUGGAUUUGUUUCAAGCCUUGCCAAACAUCCAGCGGCUCAGUCGGUAGAUGAAUUCCGUCCUGUGGUGGUGUACAGCCUGCCUUAUAGGGUUUGGUCUUCCGAAAGGGCAAAAGAGGCUAUGAGCUCUCUGGCACCCUUGUUACCCAACAGCGUUCAAGGUGGUGUCCCCUCCAGACAGGCCAAAUCCAUCUGGUUUGAACUUGCCUCCUCACUUGAGCUUGCGUACUUGAAUGGGGAUGGGUUGCAUGGGCUCCUGAUGGAUAUCCAGAAGUGCUUUAACAACAUUCCUCGGUUUCCUUUGUGGUUUGCGUUGACCCUGUUGGACUUUCCGCAACACGUCCUCCAGGCUUGGGUCUCCUUUGUCUCUGGUCAAGUUCGUCGGUUUCGUGUUCGAUCCUCUGUUGGGGCUCCCAUCCAAUCCACCUGCGGGCUUCCUGAAGGUUGUGCCCUCUCGGUCUUUGGCAUGGCCCUGGUUGACUGGAUGUUGGACUGGUGGCUCAAAGGUCUUGAUGUUGCGGUUGAUCUCCGCACGUUUGUCGAUGACUGGGGCGUGCUGUUUCGUGAGGCGCAUGCUUUUUCCAGAAUUUGGACUUCUCUGGAAACCUUCACAGGGCAAAUGGACUUAGCCAUCGAUAUGAACAAGACGAGGGUAUGGUCCACAGUAGCUGAUGCGCGACGAUCCUUCCGUCAGGGUGAUGUUGCUGUGACCUUGGCUGCCAGGAACUUGGGUGCACACCAGAACUUCAGUCGCCAUUGCCACAACUCUGUUUUGUUGGCUCGGCUUGCGAAGAUGGGCCCCAUUUGGAAUCGACUGCGAGCAAGCCAUGGUCCUUACAAAUCGAAGCUCACAGCUAUCCAUAUGAUGGCCUGGCCCAGAGCCCUUCAUGGCAUCACUGUGGUGCACCUUGGUGCAUGUCAGUAUAAACCACUCCGAGCGGGAGCUGUCAGAGCCCUCAAGGCAGACAGAAAAGGGGCCAACCCCUUCCUACACCUGGCCUCCUCAAGCCUUCAGUCAGACCCUGAAGCGUGGUCGACCUUGCAAACUUUCAGGGACUUUCGGGAGUUGGGUAGUGCUGAUCAAGUUGAACCGUUGCUUGGUUUGUUCGCUGGCAUGUCGGAGUCCCUUCCGUCUAAUGGACCCACAGCUGUCCUUCUUGCUCGGUUGCGUAGGUUGGGAUGGGCCAUUGGGGGUCAGGGCCUAGUUCAGGAUCGCCUGGGGUCCUUCAGCCUGAUGAAGAUCUCUUGGAAUGAGUUGGUGUUGCGUGUGCAUCUGUCUUGGGGGAUGGUUCUUGCCUCUGAGCUUUCCCACCGUCCCACUUUCCUUGGACUUGACCAUGUGGAUUUGCCUGAACUGUAUCGUUCGCUGUCUGUCUUCAGUCCGGCUGAUCAAGUCUUUCUCAGAUGUCAUCUGGAUGGUACCCUGUUCACCCAGAAUGCUAAGGCAAAGUUCAAGACGGAUACUACAUCCAAGUGCCCUUGGUGCCCUGCCAAGGAUGGUUUCCAUCACAGGGCUUGGAUUUGCCCACACUUUGCUGUCUGUCGUGCCCACCUGACUGAUGACCAGCGUGCUGUGCUCCCUUCUCUUCCGCCUUGUCUUUUGGACCAUGGUUGGCCUGUCCUGCUUCCAGAAUGGGAACUCUAUGCUGGCCUGCUGCUGAAGGUUAAGCUUCGUUUCGCAGCAUGGGCUGUCACUCUUGUCUCUAAGGUUGGUAUUCUUGACAAUCAACUGUUGAUGGGAGGUCAUGUUGCAGGGCUUUGCCAGUCCCCCUUCAGGGCUGAGCUCACGGCUGUGGUUCAUGCGGUUACAUGGGCGGUUGCCAGAGGACAAGCUGUCAGGCUUUGGUGUGACUGCCAGAGUGUGGUACGUGGUGUCAACAGACUUCUGCGUCGCCGCCCUUUGAAGAAGAAUGUUCCGCACUCAGAUCUUUGGGGACAGUUAGCAGAGGUUCUUUCUGGCCAUGAGGAGCAAGUUCAGAUUUGGAAGGUUGUGUCUCACUGUGCGAUCAACAAAGCGUUGGAUCCAGUGGAACAGUGGGCCUACUGGCACAACAACUUGACUGACAAAGCGGCCGAAGACAUCAACUAUCGGAGAUCUCCUGAGUUUUGGACGGUGUGGGAGGGUUUGUGCCAUGCACUUAGUUUUCACCGGAAGUUGCAUGGUGCAAUUCAAAGGGUGCUUUUACAGACAUCGAAAAUGGCUGUUGCUUCACAAAAGGCUCCGCCUGUGUCUGCCGCUCCAGCCCCAGUGGUGGUUGAUGUUCCACCAGUUCCAGCGACGUGGGUUAUUCCUACAGUGUUGGUCAAACGAUAUGGAGGGUACAACAUGCAGCUACUGCAUCAGGGGUGGCUUGAUGAAGGUCCCGCCAUGCUUCAGGGUCCUCAACAAUUGGGUUACAUUGCGGGCAUGCAGUUGUUUUACUCAUUCAAUCUGCACUCUGGUUAUCAGGGCCCUUGGUGCUCUAAGAAGGUCUGGUAUAGCUGUGAGGCUGAUGUACCUGCUCAGGCGAGGCAGCGUGUGCAGCUUCAGUGCGCCGGACGACCUGCGGUUUUCCUCCUACCGCCCCACAUCCUCGGUGACUUGGAGGGCGACCAAACCUGGAUGGGUGAGGCCACCCCGUUUAGCGCGCCCUUUUUGGAGGGUCCUCGACCUCGUCGUUUUCGCGGCCUGCAAUGCCUAGAGCGAUCUGCCAAGUUGGCGAAGCAGGCUGAUCAGCUUCAGUCGU